AUUAAGAGAAACUCUUUCACUGUGCUGAUUCUUAAUUUAGCUAUUGACGACUUUGGGUUCCUUAUUUCUAUGGCUCUAAAAUGCAUUGAAUUUUUUACAUAUUAUAUACCAGCAGGAAUUCCCUGGCUCAUCUUUAUGUCAUUGUUGUGGAUCAUGUAUAUCAAUGGUCUAUUUCUACUGACUGCCAUCAGCAUUGACCGGUGUGUGUCUGUCCUCUUCCCAAUCUGGCAUCGCUGUUCCCGGCCAAAGCAUUUAUCCCCUGCUGUGUGUGGCCUCCUGUGGAUCUGCUCUUUUCUCCUGACUGGAAUUUGGAACAUCUUGGAAUAUGCAUUUGAAUAUGAUGGCAUCAUGAGUUCUCAUUUGCUUGUGCCUGCCGUGCUUUGCCUUCCAUCGAUCACAACCUCUACUGUGAUCCUAUUCCUCAAAAUAGGUCUUAAACCCAAACAGAACAAACGGGGGAGACUUUUGGUGACCAUCUUAAUUACUCUUCUCUGUUUCCUGAUUCUUACUUUGCCAUUAUAUCUCUUUGUGUUCACUGUUAAUUUUCUUGGAAUCAGUUACGAUUCUAUAUUUCCUGAAUUGGAUAACUAUUUCUUUGUAUGUGCUUGCUUAAACAGCAGUGUUAACCCAGUGAUCUACUUUCUGGUUGGGAGAAGGAAAGGAGCUCAAUCCAAGGAGAGCCUGAAGGUUAUUUUUCAAAGAGUCUUCAACGAAGAUGAAAGUGCUGGAAAUUUGUAG